CCCGCGCGCCCCUGCGUCCCGGUGUCCAGCGCCUAUGUCCCCCCCGCCGUCGCCACCAUGCCCAAGAGAAAGGCUGAAGGGGAUGCUAAAGGAGAUACAGCCAAGGGGAAGGAUGAGCCCCAGAGAAGAUCUGCAAGGUUAUCUGCUAAACCUGCUCCUCCGAAGCCAGAGCCCAAACCUAAAAAGGCCCCUGCAAAGAAGGGAGAGAAGGUACCCAAAGGGAAAAAGGGGAAAGCUGAUGCUGGCAAGGAUGGGAAUAACCCAGCAGAAAAUGGAGAUGCCAAAACAGACCAGGCACAGAAAGCUGAAGGUGCCGGAGACGCCAAGUGAAGUGUGUGUAUUUUUGAUAACUCUGUACUUCUGGUGACUUACAGUUUGAAAUACCAUUUUUUAUCAAGUUUUAUAAAAAUGCAGAAUCUACUUUUUUUUAAAGCUAUGUUGUUAGCACACAGAACACUUCAUUGUUGUUUUGGGAGAAGGGCAUAUGUCACUAAUAGAAUAUCUCUGAAGCUAGACUGAUUCAAGGGGAAAAACACCAUUCCCUUCUAGUUCUGAGAAACUUCCUCUUGGUUCCCAAGAGGAGCGAUUCCUUGAUGUUAACGCACAUUAGCCACCUUGGCAACAAAUGCCUUGUGGGGUGGAAAAUCAAAAAUUCAUUUCUUAUGUCCUUUUCUCCCUCUGCCUUCAACAUAGACUUGACUCCCUUAAACCCAGAGACCUGUUGGAACCUGACCCCAAGAAAUGGUUCCCAGUAUGUCAGGCAAUCUGGACUUUACAGUGUCACCAUGGAGAUGGCAUCUCUCAAAAGAGUUCCUUUUUUAGCUUGUGGAGCUUCAGAUUGAUAAUUCUGCCAUUUUCAUUUCAUUUCCUGAAAUUCAGGGUCGGCUUGUGAAAAGUUGUUAAACAACAUGCUAAAUGUAAAAUGUCAACCCUCACUCUAAACUCUCCCUGUUCAGAGCCUCAAAUGAAGACUUCAUUGGGUUCUAUAGUGGCUUUCUGAUUUUGGUAGUCCAUUGAAGAAGGGAGUUUGAAAAUUGUUCUAGACUGUUAACGAUUGUCUGCCCAUGUCCUGCCUGAAAUACCAUGAUUGUUUAUGAAAAGUAUCUUUAAUAAAGCUGGAUACAGUUUGGCUUGG